AUGAGGGUGCAUCAGAUGAGGUACAGGUGCCAGAUGAUCCGAGUCGGUGUAGUCGAUGUGACACUGUUGAGGUGUUCGGGAGAUAUAGAGGGAUCAGCGGAGGUUGCGGGAGAGGUAUCGAAGGGCUUUAAUGAUGGGAUAAACGGUGUGGCUGACAGAUUAACGAUGAUUAAAGAACAAACGAAUUGUCCGUCGUUGAAAAGGUGGUGGGGUUUUGCUAAGAUGGGUAGGAAGAAUUUUUUUAUUGAAGAUGGAGUCUUAUAUCACAAGGAAGAUAGCGGCCAAAUGUCUAUAAAAGCGCUGGGAAGGUCCCGUCAACAGGCUCAGAAAUUCAGUUCAGGAUUUGUUGUCGUCGCGAGAGUAAUCGUGGAGUCUCGGAAGUUGAAGUGGUAG